CACACACACACACACACACACUGAAGCAGCUGACCGACUGCCUCACUGUGUGUGUGCAUGUUUGGUUCAUUGCCUGUCUGUAGUUUGGUGUAUUUGCAGACAGGAUGAUGCAGGAGCUGCUGCUGUUUGGAGCUCUGUCAGUCGGAGUUUAUUUUCUUCUCCUCAUGACCGUUCUCAAGCUGCCCAGAUGUAAAUCUACUGCCAAGUUACACAGGAAAACUGCCAUCGUCACUGGAGCAAACACUGGCAUCGGCAAGACCACGGCCAUGGACCUGGCCAGGAGGGGGGCUAGAGUGAUCCUAGCCUGCCGGGACAGAGGGCGAGCUGAGGCAGCCAUUCAGGAAAUUAUCCAGGAGACAGGGAACAACCAGGUGAUCUUCAUGCAGCUCGACCUGGCAAGUCUGAAGUCUGUUCGGUCCUUUGCCGACAACUUCCUCCGGUCUGAGUCCAGGCUGGACCUCCUCAUCAACAACGCAGGUCUGAUGAACAGUGGAAAGACGGAGGAUGGUUUCGGGAUGAUCUUUGGUGUCAAUCACCUGGGUCACUUCCUGCUGACGGCGUUGCUCCUGGACCGGCUGAAGGCAAGCGGGCCGAGCCGUGUGGUGACCGUGGCCUCCAAAGCCUACGCGUUCGGGAAGGUGGAUUUCAACUGUCUGACGACUCACAGAGAUUUAGUUUUGGGCAGCAACACCUUCCAGCUCUUCCUGAACUACUCCCACAGCAAACUGUGCAACAUCCUCUUCACCUACGAGCUCGCCAAGAGACUGCAGGGCAGCGACGUCACCUGCUACAGCCUCCACCCAGGAGCCAUUAAGACAGAGAUCGGCCGAUAUUCCGGCUUCUGGUGGAGGCUCUUCUUAAGUCCCAUCAUCUUCCUCUUCUUUGUGGACGCUGAGUCCGGAGCUCAGACCACGCUCCACUGUGCCCUGGAGCCAGGCAUCGAGCACCUGAGCGGCCACUUCUUCACCCAGUGUUCCCCGCUGAUCAACAUCGAGUCGAAGGCGAGAGACGACGCCGCGGCCAAGAAGCUGUGGGAGCUCAGCGAGAGUUUCUGCGGCCUGUCCUGAAGAAGGACGUGAAAUCUGAGAGCUUCGUUUUUAUUCCAGAGUUUCACAUGAAUGUGACACUUACAGACUCGUGAUUACAACAACAGGUCUGAUCCACUUUCCUCACUGAUGAAUGUCAUGUGGAAUGUUUUCUUAUACCUGAGCCACUCAUUAAAGUUUGUCUGAGUGUCCUUGAACGCAAUUUUGACAAAUAUUUAGCCUCAUUGAUAAUAAUUGUUAUUUUAACAGACUGUUUAUAUUUACACAAAUGAGUAAAUAUUUUGACCCAGUCUGUUUUCACACGUGUAAUGAUGCUUUAAUGUGUAAGCACAUCCUGUUGAUCAUCACGUUAUAAUUUAUCACAUUAAUAAAAUGAAUCUUCAAAGUAACUUGUAAUUAAUCUUGUCAAAUAAAUGCAGUGCAGUCAAAAGUAAAAUAUAGAAUAUGAAACAGAGUAAAAGUGUUUACAAAUUUCACAAUUAUUUCCACUGUUUAUUAAAUGAAUAAACUUUGGUGUAAUCUUUUUUUCCAGUUUAGUGAAAUAAAACUUGUUCAUGCUAUAAAUAAAGAUCU